AUGCGUAUUGUAAGCUCAAGCAUCGAUCCGCAUCGCAAAGAAAGUGACGUGAGUGGCGAGCACACGGUUCUCUACCCUACCACGUGUGCCGAGGUGCACGAGGCGCUGAACUACAAACCCGACGUCCCGUUGCUGGUACGCAGCGGUCGGCAUGCUGCUGACAGUGGACGCGUCGAUGGCACGGCCGCUGUAGUCGUGAACCUUCGCAAGUUCGCCGCGGUGGAGAUCGACGGGGAAAGAGUAACUGUCGGUGCGGGCGCCACUACGUAUGACCUGGCCGUCAAGCUCACGGAAAAAAAACUGUUCCUGCCCCUCGACGGGAAUCCGAACAAAAGCGUCCUCUCCAACGCCCUGUCCACCGUAAACGACCUCGUUCAUCAUGACCUCCUGAGCGCGUUCGCGGAGAGCUACAAGUACGUCGCGAAGGAGAGUGCUCAGCCCGUCGACACGAGGGACGCGACCGAGGCGAAGAAUCACGUCAUCACCAAUGUGGUGUUCAUAGCGCUGCCUACGGACGCCGCUAAACAAUACAAGAUGACGCGCUUGACCUUCGUGUACACCACAGACCACUUCAAGCAUGUGGUGGACCACAUCAUUUCUCACAAACCUGGGCCCUCGACUCGGUGUGUCGUACGCGUCUUCAGCGGCGCAUACGGUAUGGCAAUGUUCACGGUGACGACAAUGUGCAAGGAGGGCUCUUCAGAGUUUAUCAACAAGAUGAUACAAGAGCUGAAGGAGAAAGAACAGUACGUGGAGGAGCUCAUGUUGGACAAGGCCUCGGCGGAAGGGGUGGAAAUCGUGCAGGCUGUCGCGGAGGAGGGCCAGACAAGCCAGUACCUGUAUGAAGAGCACCGCACGCAUUACGCCGGUGUAGUCACAACGCCCGAUCAAUGUUCCGACUACUUCACUGCCGUCGAUAAGGUCUUCGGCUCCAGCCCCACCCAAGAACUUAGCGUGAAGGUGUCAUCUUCUCUGCGUGUCGAGAAAGAGGGUAGCCUCGCGGUCUCCGUUUCGCUGCACGGACCUUCCCCCUCCUUCCAGACGCCGGACGACAAAAAACUCCAUCGAGACUUCGAUGGCUUACUUCCCUCCGUGCGCGAGCCCCCUGUACAGCUUCAAGACUUGCCUGCGGUUCCGCCCUCUGUCAACGAGGGAAAGACCGUCUGUUACGAUAUCCCGGGCUUCGGUGGGGAAGUAUUCGAUAAGACGGAAAAGGAGUACGAGAACAAGACGACUCAGUACGCCACCACAUCGUACACGGACGAGAAAGAUCGUGAGCGCAUGCACCCCUUCGUCAUUGGCUAUCCCGAGAGCAAGGCCGACGUGGUCGCGUUUGUGAAGUAUGCUAUCGACAAAGGGAAGAAGGUCGUCGCUCGCAGCGGUGGCCAUCAGUACUGCGGGCUGUCGUCCGGCGGUGAAGACACCAUGUUGUUGAGCAUGGACUUCCUCCAUGACGUCACCGUCUUCGAUGCCCCGCAGCAGAAAGUGAUGGCUCGGCUGGGCCCCGGCGCUCGCCUUACUACCCUGGCAGCAGAGAUGAAGAAGAAAGGGGUUACCAUCCCACACGGCGAGUGUCCUGAAGUUUGCAUUGGUGGUCAUGUCCAAACCGGUGGUUUCGGUCAUCUCCUGCGCAGCUACGGCCUCGCCCUCGACCACGUCAACUCGUUCGAGAUUGUGCUUAACCUGAACGGCCGCGUGUCGAACCACACCAUCAAGCGACCCUCCAAGAAAGUGGACGAGAAAUCGAGCAUCGAGGACCGCAUCUACUGGGGCGUUCUGGGCGGUGGACCGGGAAGCUUUGGCGUCGUCACCGAGAUCGAGUUCGAGUGUAUUAGGGAUGCGGCCCACCGGUUUUCACGGGGAUACAAUGGCGUGUAUCGGUACUCGAAGAAUCGUUUCGAGGAGGCCAUGGGUGUGGUGCAGAGGCGCACCCAGCAGGUUGUUCAAGACCGCUCAGGUCCGUUGACUGAUGGGUCACUGUCCAAAGACUGCGAUCUGAUGAUCUCAGCCAUGACGAACAGUGGCGACCUUAUGGGAGGAACUUUCAAACCCUCGGUUAUCCUGGUGGAAAUGGUGCACGGUAACGUCGACGAUACUCCUUUGCAGACCAGCGAUAUUGAACGAAUGGAGGACGAAAUCACCAAGAUCACAAACGCCAAGCCCUGGAUGCUGUUGCCGAAAAUUCCUACGUCCAACGACUUCGAUCUAAGAUCCCCCCGCACACUGUCAUUCAUGAGCAACGCUUUCGUGCGCAACACUGGGAUGACAAGGGACGGGCGCGAGUACAAGUUCCCCUAUGUGAAGCGCCUGAACUGCACAACCGAUGCACUGACCGACGAGUUCGUCGAGAAAUUCAUCGACCUCGUCCAUGAAGCCAUCACAACACGCGAGGUUAAGCUGGUGUUCCAGAUGGUGAUGGGAGGCGGGGCCUACGAAGAAAACGGCACGAAAGGCAUCACGUCAAUCCCCCACCGCAACAACGUCAUCGGCAUCGUGUUCGAUGUCUUCUACGAAGAAGGUGGCAAGGAUAUCGCGACUAAACUUCACAACAAAUUCGGAGCGCUGCUUCCGUGCUUCAGCAAAGGCAAAGAUAUCCGGAUGACAUGGGGCUCCUUCGGCGAAAUCAAAAUGGAGAAAAUGUGGGAGAGCUACUACGGCGAUAGCGAACUGUACCGGCGUCUGCAGAAGCUCAAGAGAGACGUGGACCCACAAGACGUCUUCCACACACCCUUCACGGUCCAGCUCGAUUCAUCGGAUGAUGAGCAAGACCCCACCGCGAAGAGGCAGAAGACCAGCUGGUGA